AUUUCUCCCCGCCAACAAAGCACUGGGGAAUACAAAACAAUCCCUCGGGUCGCUCCACCCAACAACCCACCGGUUCGGCUCGCUCGAGUUUCCUUGAGCUUUACGCUUAAUACCAUGGUCCGGUCGUCACAAUGGCGCCCCAGACCAGAAAGCUCAACAAGCCCUUGACCUGCUUCUACUGCAACCGCAGGUCCACAACCAAAUACGAUGGUUCGAUGCGCCGCUUCGAGUGCAGCAACUGCAAUGCGACCAACCAUCUUGACACCAAAGGCGACAUCACCGACGUUCCCGCUGCAAAGAGCAGUACCGUCCCGCAGCCAGCGCAGUUCGCGAUCCGCCGAGAUCACUCCUCAACAUCCAGCCAAGUCUUUUGCGACAAAUGUCUCCAGAACCAGCACCUGUUCAUAUCCUCUCUAGCGCAGUACUUCCCCGAGGACCCCGAAGAUCCCGAGUACGCAGAGCGCGAGAAGAACUAUUACAAAUUCUACAAGGGUCUCAUGAAGCGGUACCCGCAAUGUUGUGCCGACUGCGAGCCAAAGGUCCGCGAACAGCUCGCCAAGGCGGCGUAUACUGCAAAAACGGACCAUCUGCGGCGCAUGCUGGACCGGACUGCCAAGAUCCGAGUCGUCACCACCAAUUCUCCUGUCUACUAUUGUCAGUCGGUGGGCAGGUGGCUAUGGGUUGCCUCUCUCAUCUUCCAGCUGCUGUGGCACCUAUGUCUCACUAGCAAGGGCCUCGCUGAUUAUGGCAGGCGGGCCAGAGACAAUUCAUGGCCGAUGCUGUCGAUGAGGAUAGUGGCUGGUUUUCUUGGCUUCUUGCCGUCUCCAGGUCAACUUUUGAAAUGGAGCUUCUGGACAUCGGCUAUAAGCAUCUGGUGGAAUCCUCGAUGGGUCGACACGUUCAAGAGCAACACCAAACAUUUGGUCGGCAUUUCUAAUUACUAUUGCUACCAAGCUUUGAUAUUCGCUCUCAAGCUUGCCGCGACCUUACUGGUUUCACCAUUGUCCAACAUGCAAGGGCCGGCACUGGCGUCCCGAGUAACAGCACACGUGUGGAUGGCCGUGUCUAUCAUGUACCUUUACUACGCUGCGAACAAAAUGAUUCGCGUCGACCAUACUCCUCUGUGGACUACGAAGGCCAGCAGCAUCGGAGCCAAUCCAGCGGCGCCGCCGCCCAUGACGCCGAGCGAGACACGAGAGAAUGAGGAGAAGAGCAUGGCAACCAUCCUCGACGAGAUCUUACAUGAGCCGACGCAGAACAGCCAGCCUCGGCGGCAGUCACUUAUGUCACAGUUCUCCGACACUGAGAGUCCAGAUCUCGUGAGGGCUCUGCCGGGGACGAGCGCGUACAAUCCCAACCUACGCCCAUUGGCUCCGAAUCCUUUUGCGAACUCGCCAGUAAAGCGGCCUCAGAGCUCUGGUGUUGGUCUCUCCAGCCUGAGUCUUUCCGACUCACCGCGAGCGGGUACUCAGGGUGCGGUCGAAUACUACUCGCCGACUAUGGAGUGGACACCAACCCAGUCCAAGUAUCGAGCGUUCAAUACCUACAAGCCAGGGGAGUCCGAGACCAGAAAGUUCGGUGAGACUCCGGUCAACGACCAACCGGGAGCAUUUUGGGCCAAGGUACCUCCAGCACCCAAGGCUCCCGCCCAGCGUUUUCUCAGUCAACAGAACACGCCGGUCCUAAGAAGGAGUCCUCGAAUAGCGCAGAGUCCCAUCACGUUCCAAGGGACCCAAAAGAGCACGCUAGGCGCCCAGCGAGCAGAUGCUCCCCCAGCAACGAUUUUCGCGGAGCCUAGACUCCGCCCGGCGCAACCCAGGGAUGAGCGCGACGAUCUCCUGGACAAGUUCGCUACGAGCUUCACGCUUGCUUCGGAUCAGAAUGACGAACCCCCAGCGGGAGAUAGCCGGGUGGGAAGCAAUGUAUCAACAUCUGGGCAACCCCCGCAGCGCAGCACCAGCAUAUUCAAACACGCAUUUCUGUAUCUGGUAUGCAGUGCCUUCCUCGCUAUACUAGCAGCGCGGGCCUACAAGGACUUUGGCUACCUGGGGAAGCUUGUAUCCAUCCGAGGGAGAUGAGCCGUGCUUGCUCGAGCAGCAACGGAGCAAAAGACGCAUUCAUGCAGUUGUUGCUUUAAAGAACAGCCAAUAAUGGCAGCAAGACACUCGGGAAAAGGCGGACAGAGUAGAUUGGUCGAAAGAGGCCGGCGGCUUCCCUCCCCGCAGCUCGGGGAACGGCGCGCUUUGCUUACGGGUGGCACGAGACAAAUGCAAAAGUCAUCAGAUGGUCACGAGGCUGGCGUUCUUGGGGUUCUGUUUCAUCUGGUUCAAGUAAAAGGGCAUUAUAUGGAAGGCACACGGCACAGCAUACUUAGAGAAGAGGCUACAUGAGAAAUGAGAGAUACCCUAGCGUACCAAUAGAGAAGAAAAUGGCAGACAAAAUGGCGGCUGGUGGAACUUGUACAUGCCAGAAUCCCUCCAAGGCGUGAGAUCUGAGGUGGUUUGUCUGCCAAUGUCUGGUCAUAGUCAAAUGGAACCCAAUCAUAUGCUGUACCAUGAGAAAUAAUGAAGACUGAUCCAGCUACAUCCCGCCAAAGGAUCGCCACCAUCCCGGGAAAAUGGCGCAUGUGGUUAAGGCUGCGUUCGUUCGUGCCCGGUCUGUCUUUCAGCAUAUGUACUCUGCUCCUUCGGGACACCGAGCACGCGCGGUGGUCGGGCUGGAUGGCUGGAAGACUACUUAAGUAGUUCCACGCUCGGGAGAAACCGUAUAGCCCCCGGUCACACAAAGUAAACCCAGUAGACAGGACUCAACCAAGUCCAUCCGCGGCUUCGAAUGCCUUGACAACUGGUUUCGGAACGAGCGCGAGAACGAAUGAACAUAGGGACGAGGCACAAAGUCACACACACACAGAGAAAGAGAGAGCGAGAGAGAGGUGUGUGGAUACGUAAAAGUGAUCGGCACGGGCCGCGCUGUGGGGUCGCGCUAGACAAAGUAUGAUUUCGCCAAGAAGGCGAAUCUAGUCGCCUGUCAAGAUGCGAAUGACAGAUUUCCAAAGCAAGAAAAAAAAGGGUCCCUGCGGUUGUUGUGUGUGUGCCCAUCCAUCCAGGCGACGGGGUUGGCUGCCGGUGGUGGAAGGUUUCCGAAGCCUUGCAAAUUGAGAGUCAGAGUCAGUCAGUCAGCAGGGCCCCGUUAGGCGAUUGGUCGCCCCGGUUUUUUGCUCUAUUCCCUUUCCAGGGGGGAGGGGGGAGCCGUCAGCCCCGUUGGUCCCCCUUAUUACUGAUCUUGGUUGUUGAUCGGCCACCUUCUCCAGGCAGAUGGGCUGCCCCAGAUGG